AUGACCAAGCACCAGAGAGCAGCAGCGGACCAGGCCGUGUCCCUCUCCCUCUCGCUCUCCCUCGGCGCCGUCGCCGGCCUCAACAAGAAGAUGCGCCGCGCCGCCGCCGCAGCCGGUGGGGAUCAGUUCCUGUGCAAGACGUGCGGCCGCUGCCACGGGCUCACGCUCGCCCUCACCGCCGGCGAUCACUACUACUCCGUCAAGCCCAAGAGUACGGAUCAGAAGCCUGAGCACCGGUGCCACAUCUGCGGCCAAGGGUUCGAGAUGGGGCAGGCGCUUGGCGGCCACAUGCGCCGGCACCGUGAGGAGGCGGCGCCCGUCCUGCUCGAGCUGUUUGUCUAG